GCGGUGCGCAAUGCGUCAUGCGCAGUGCGCAUGGAUGUUGAAGCGCAGCGCUGACUCUCCUCAACACAACGCCGGAAACAAAACAAGUCCGUCAUGUGAUGCUGCUGUGUGACAUUACAGUCCAGUAAAGUUGAAGUCAAUUCAAAAGGCUCGUAGAAGAAGUUGGCGAGCGGUCUGGAUAACACGAAAACCAUUGGCCACCAUGGCUGAUGAUUUGAAGAGGUAUCUGUACAAACAGUUGCAAAGUGUUGAAGGCCUUCAUGCUAUUGUGGUGACAGACAGGGACGGUGUCCCAGUUAUCAAAGUUGCCAACGACAACGCCCCGGUCCACGCUCUGAGACCUGGCUUCCUGUCUACUUUUGCUCUGGCCACCGAUCAGGGCAGCAAGCUGGGCCUCUCCAAGAACAAGAGCAUAAUCUGCUACUACAACACUUACCAGAUUGUGCAGUUCAAUCGGUUACCGCUGGUCAUCAGUUUCAUUGCCAGUAGCAACGCCAACACAGGUCUCAUCAUGAGUCUGGAGAAGGAGUUGGCUCCACUAAUAGAGGAGCUGAGGCAGGUAGUGGAGGUGACAUAAGCUCUGACUGACAGGAUCACCAGUCUGGAUCUCUCCCCGUCUCUCAUGGUGCAUUCAGUUCCUGUAUGAAAAAAACUUUUUUUUUUUUUUUACAGCUCUAUCCAAGUAAUGACUUGGAAGAGUUAUCAUCUUCAUCGGUUUACAUCAUGAUCGAAUUUUCCUGUUCCCUUUUCGUUGUCGACUUUGCUUUCUGCCAUUUUCUGUUGAAUUUAGGUGCAUUUUUAAAGCUUAGACAAGAGUUUAUGUCAAAUCAAAAUGUCAAGAAGUCUGAAUAAAUGUUUCAUUUUUAGCACCUAAA